UUUAUAAUUUCUCACAAAGUAAAUACAUUUGAAUUACUGCCUAUAUAUUCCUUAACUGUUAUUAAAAUUACAUUUAAUUUAUACACUUUAAAAUGCCCUGCAGAAUCAUCGAUACGGAUUCGGGUUCCACUCGUUUUCAGCCGAGUGUUAGAAUUGGCAAUUGGGUGGAAGACAAGUGUCUUGAGGAGGACACAAUAGUAAAUUUCAAGCGGCAACACGAUAAGGGUGAACUCCUUGUGGUUAAGGCACGCAAACUGUACGAUAAUUUCCUAAAGCCUAUUGUCCUGGCUGCUCCAAAGCAAAACAUAAUUUUCGGGGAUGUGGUGCAGCUAAUGCCCAUCACCAUGGGCAUCGAGAAUGUAGACUCAGCCGAGCUAAAUGCCGCUCUAUCGGUGGUGAUCAACGAGAGGUUGGUGUAUCGCAGUCAAUCGAUCAACGAGGACUGUGAGUUGUCGGUGGCACCUUCUCGGCAACCCUGUGUCCGGAACUCCUUUCGAAUUGUCAGCGGAGGCGAUCACGAUCUUACGGGACAGAACAUAAAGUAUGGGCAGAGAUUCCAGCUGCAGUGCAUGUCCGGGGAACAGGAUCCCAUUGUGCUGUACAGUGGGCCCAAGCGAUGCAACCUGCAGCAGGGCAUCAAUGCCAGCUAUAUGUCCCAAAAACAUGGCGAGGUGAAUCUCAACUUGGGGCUAGUUCAGCGCAGUAAAUGUAAAUCUCCCAAUAGUGAUAUUCCGAUGGCUUAUACUAACUGGUUUUGCAGACACGUUAAUCCAAACUUACGCUUUGAAAGCGAAGGGGAAGAUAUUCCUAGCAACUCCCCUUUGGUGAUUGUUCAUUCCACCACAAAUCGAAAUCUGGCUGCCGAAAAUGUUAUGAUUCCAACUCUAUUUGGCACAGAGUUUCUGGUUUCCGUGCAAAACUAUCGAAAUAUUUUCAAGCAUGAGAUCUGGAAGAACAUCUGGAUGAUCAGCAACGGACAUGCAGCUGGAGGAUCUAAGAAUUCCGAUUCUCACUGAUGUUUUAGAACUAAACUAUAAAAAAUGUUACGGCGCGUUGAACUUGAUUUUUAUGUGGCUAAAAUUUAAAUUUCGCACAUGAAAUCAUGUCGGGCCGAGCCCCUGCUGCUUGGCCUAGUUACAUAUUGGCAAUUACUAAGCUAUUUGAAAAAAUAAAAGUAUAGCGAUACCUUAAA